AUGAACAACACAGUCACUACCCAGACCAGGAAGUUCAUGACCAGCAGACUACUUCAGUGGAAACAAAUGAUCAUUGGUGUCCUUCCCCCUGGGAAGGCCAUAGCACCUAAGGCAGAAAUUCUGGAAAAACUAGCCAGUACAUGUAAGACCACACCUGCUGUCAGCUCUGUGUUUGGAUUCAGAACCCAUUUUGGUGGUGGCAAGACCACUGGCUGUGGCAUGAUGUAUGAUUCCUUGGAUUACACAAAGAAAAAUGAACCCAAACACAGACAUGCAAGACAUGGCCUGUAUGAGAAGAAGACCACUUCAAGAAAACAGCAAAAGAAAUGCAGAACAGAACGAAGGCAGUCGGGGGGGACUGCACAGGUCAAUGUUGGUGCUGGCAAAAGUGAGCUGGAGAUGGGACAACAGAGGAGUAAAAAUUCUUCCGUGACUUUAUGUGGUGAUUGUGCAGUUUUUUCGUGA